AUGGAUUAAAAAAAAAGUCUGAGUGAUUUGAAACAAGCAUUGGGUUAUCGCAAUAGAAGCAAAGACAUUACUGACAUAAUCGCGAAGGGAGUUCAAGAUAUUAAAUUCUUCAAAGAAAAAUAGUAGUUAUUUGAUCCAGCAUUAUAUUGUUAAAUGCUUAAAAAGAUCUAAUUAAAAGAAUUCAAGAAAGGAGAAGUCGUAUUUCAUUAUGGUAAGAUCAUUUUGAUAGGUAGGUUCUAAUAAUGUUGAAUAGUUUUAUGUAAUUCUCCAGGGUUAAGUUGCAAUUUUGUGUCCAAAUGAUAAAAGCAUUACUCACCAAUAGGUUAUCGAAGAGUACAAAAAAGGAAUAGAUUCUAAUCCAUAAUAACUGAGGAGGCAAUCGGCCAUCUACAGUCCUCGAUUGUCCGCCUUCAAUAAUAGAGCCCUUAAGGAUAUUAUUAUGGCACAGGCUUAUGGCAAUUUUUUAGGAAUCAGUAAUUAUUCAAUUAUAUAGUUGAUUUUUUGUAGAUAUUCAAAAAGUCGAUUAAGAAUCCUUAAUUGAAGAAUACACUAAUAAUCCCAAUCAAAUAUCAGUCGAUAAAUGGUUGGAUAAUCUGGUGAAAAGACUCUUCCCAAGUUUACACAUAGUUAAUAUGUGUUGUAGCGGAGACUAAUUUGGAGAAAUCGCUCUUAUUGGUAAUGUGACUAGAACAGCAACUGUCUUGUGCACUCAGGAUACAUUAAUGAUAACUUUAGCCAAUCCAGACUUUCAAGCCAUUUUAUAAUAAUAUCAUGAUCAGGUUAAAAAUGAAAAGAUUUCUCUGCUCAGGAAUUUUGAACUCUUUAGCAAAUUAUCCGAUAAAAGACUAAGAGGUAUUUUGGAGAAUAUUAUUGUUUAAAAACCUUCUAUGUUUAGUGUGAUUUACAUGGAGAAUUCGAUUCCAGAAUACAUCUAUUUUAUUAAACAAGGAGAAAUUGAAUUACUCAAAGUUUUUCCUAAGAAUAAAACAGUCUCAAUUACUUUACUUUAAAUAGGUUGUGUCUUUGGACAUGAAGAAGUUUAGCAAUCCAUACCUAGAGAAUACAGAGCUAUCUCAAAAUCAUCUCAGUGCGAACUAUAUUUAUUACCAGUUGAAACUAUAUAAUAAUAUGACAAAAAAAACUCAUAAUCUGUUGAAAAGAAAUUCCAUCAUGAAAGAUUGGAAAGGUUAUUAAGUGAUAAAAAGUCUUAGAAAACCAGUUCUUAAAUCCCUUAGACCUCAAUUGAAUUGUAUAAAACAGUGUUUGAAAAAGAUUAUUCAAGUCUUUUCAGCCACGCUUUGCUUUAAAAAAGGUACUAUCUUAUGCUACCUAGAAUCAUAUCACCUAAACAUAGAAAAAUGUUAUCAGAGCCCUUUACUCCUUUCUUUGAUAUUGAUAAGAAAUCUUUCUCUUCCAAAAAACAAUUAACAGAUAGGAAAACCAUUAACACCACCACAACAAGAUAUAAUAAAGAAAACUCCACAAGGCAAUUCAGUACCUAAACUACUAUUAAUAUACACAGACAUUUAUUUAGUCCUAAAGUCAGCAAAAGAUAGUUAGACACCAUCAUGCCCUUCAAAAAAAUUUUAUAAUGA